GCUCUCGGGUACGCGGAAAAGCGCUUUCGGAUCGCAAAUACGGACGUCGGAGUGCGAUAUCGAAGAAACGAGAUCGAAACGUUCUCUCGUGAGAUGUCAAGCACCACGCGUCGUUAUGAUGGGUUGAGUGUCAUCCUCAAUAGCGAGAGCCUUUACGAGACUGUCAGAUUUAGCGAGACAACGACGUGUCUUCGCACGAGGGGCCAUCUCCUCGCAGUGAGAGGAAAAGAAAAAGCGUGCUGUGCAUCGAGUGAAAGUAAGAAAAGCACUCUUUUCCUUCGUGAAAAGCGACACAAAGAACAAAGGAUCGCGACGUGGACAUACCGUUUUUCCAUAAUCGAUCAAACCAAGCCACGAGAUCGUCAAUCGAUGUUCAAUUGCGAGCAAUGGAGCCCGAGAUACCUUUGAUACAGGGGAUUCUUCUUCUACCGCCUCAAGGAGUGUUAGGACAACUCAAGAAAUCGUGGCACAAAAGAUUUUGUCAACUCUUUAAGGCAAGUAAUUAUGGAAUUGAACGUCUUGAGAUAUAUGAUAAUCAUGAAGAAGCAAUAUUGCAAUUACAUUCUCCUCGUAUUGUUACUUUGGAAGCUUGUGUUAAAAUUGCACCCAGUAACCAUUCACACGUAUUUACUGUGGUUACAAAGUCAGGCGUACAUUACUUUGGAUGUUGUUCGGUAGCAGAUAUGUGCCGGUGGAUCAGUGCAUUCCAAUUAGUUGCAUUUAAGGAUAAGUUAUCGAAACAAACAAUAGAAGAAAAUACAGACUUAUACUGUACAAGUGGUGAAGGAGUAUUUUCUGUUAAGGUAGUAGAGACAGACGCAUCUAAGCGUUGUGGUUUAGAAACAAGAACUUAUACCUUGGUAGUUGCUGCUGUUGAUAUUAAAUUGAUGGAUGGGGAUGUAGUCUUAUUCACAUGGCCUUACAGAUAUAUUAGAAGAUAUGGAUAUAGAGAUGGAAAGUUCACCUUUGAAGCUGGAAGAAAAUGUGAAUCUGGAGAAGGUUCUUUUUGUUUGGAGCAUGGUAGCCAGCAAGAAAUCUUUCGUUGCAUGUAUUCAAAGAUGAAAUCUAUGAAAAAAUUACUAAAUGGAGACAAUAGCCCGAACAUAGAAUGCAAUGACACUCAAUAUCAUGCUGCUUUAUCUAUGGAAGCUGGCUCCAGAUCGCCAUUGCCUCCUUCUCCAAAUAGCUCUGCAAAUUUAAUAGAUAUAGAUUUUUCUGCUAUAACUCCAAAUUCUCAAAAACAGUUAAAUUCAUCUUCUAGUUCAGAUUCAACUCCUGUUUCAAGACCUUCUCCACCAAUCAUCAAACCAAAGCCCGCAAAACCACCACGCAAGAACAUAUUUACAGGUUUACUAGACAAAAAAAAUAUCGAUGUGGAAACACUUGAUUUCUCUAAUUCCAGUGAACAAAAACACUUCAGUAGUACUAAUUCACCAGAAUCAUCACAAAAAAGUGUGAAUAGCUCUAUACUAGAAGAAGAAAAACAUUCCUAUGAUUUAGUAGAAGUUCGAAAUGAUGCUUGGAAGACUCAUGGUACAGACAACAUACAUCACACGGAAAGAUACAAUCCUUCUUUAAUUAGGAAUAAUAAAGAUAAAGAAAAUAAUGAGGAUAGCCAGUACGAGAUGAUGAUGCCUGUUAACACAUCUCAGAAUUCAUCCAAAAAUAAAAGCAAUACUAGUGAAGUAAUUAGUAUUUCUUCAUCUAUAUUUCAUACAUCUUGUAAAAUGUCUGAGGCAUCCGAUUAUGAUGAACUACAAAAUUUUGGCUCAGCAUCUAAACUUAUUCCAAUAUCCACGCAAAAAAUUUCAACUGUAUCUUCAACAACUCAAAAUACACAUAGUACAACUCAAAUUACAGUAUCAAAUUCUACCGCCGAUUCGAAUGCGACGUGGUCCAAUUAUGAUAUCGUUGAAGAUAUUUCUACUGUUAGAUUAGCAGAUGACAGUCAUCUUGGAUACGCUGUUAUUAGAAAAAAAACUCCUUCUGAAUCAACUUCCAUUAAUACGAAUAUGGGACCAAAGCCUAAAGUUUACAAUGAUGGUGAAUACGCGAUUGUAUCGAAACCAAAAAGGGUAUGAAGCCUCCAAAAAUUUUAUUCAUCCUAAUAUAAAACAUGAAAUAAGUGAAUGAAUUAUUUUAAAGUUGUCACAAUUUACAUUUUUUAAAUAUAUGAAAUAAGAGAAGACAUAUUUUAGUUUGUACAAUCAUUAAGAAAGCAUUCCUUUUUUUUUUAAAGAAAAUUAAGACAAAUAUUGAACACAAAUUUUUUAUAUUAAUUCAUCAUUAAUAUGUCAAGUUAAAAUAAUUUGUUUACACGAACUAUUAAUACUGAUAUUACAGAAUUCCUAUGAUGAUUAUUAAUACGCUAGUCUUCCUGACCAUUGUCAACAUGUAGGAAUUACUUUGAAAGUAAGAGUAGAUUAUUUUAAAUAUUUGUGUAAGUUGACAUAUAAUGGGUUUCUUUUAUUUGUAUAAAGCAUGACUGAUUCAGACAUGGUGCCUUCGAUAAUGCUAUAAAAGAAAUAAUUAUAUUUGAAAUAUAUUAUAGUACACUCAUUCCAAUUCUUAUGAAUUUAUAUAUUAAAAUGAGAUAACUUUUGGACAUGUGCCUUAGUAUACUUAGGUUUUAAACUGUCUUUAUUACAUUUAUCACAUGAUAUUGUACAUCCAUCUUCAAAAAUGUUAUUUAUGAAACAAAAGGCAUUAACUUAUUUUUAUAUGCCUAUGUUAUAAAAAAAUCAAGAUAAUCCUCUUCAAAGAUCCAUAGUUUAUAUGUAUUAUCUAUAUUAAAUAAAAAUAUAUUAACGUAGGACAAUUUCAAUAAACAAAAGAUUUAAUCGAUUUAAGUCUGUGAAAUAUGUAUACAUGAACAAAUUUCUCAUGUGCCAAGUAAAAAUCUGCCAUGCUUUGAAAUAUUUAUAAAUUUUAGAUAUAGAUUUUUUAAAAGAUAAUACUAAAAAUUAUUGCAAAUAAUAAUUUGUUAAUGUAUACACAAUCUUAAUAUAAUUAUAUAAAGGAUGAUGUUGAGAAGCUGAAGGCAUUCUUUAGAUCAUUAUUUCUAAAAUAUCUUAAGAAGAAUAUAAAUGGAUAACUUUGUAAUAUUAAUAAAAAUUUAGAACAUACUUUAAAUAUAUAUACAAAAGUUAGAAAUUUAUCAUGCAACAGAAAAUGUACAUAUAAAAUAAAUUUAUAGUAAAGUCUUAAA